AUGCUUCUACUGACCGGCGUCUCCAAGCUGGCCACUCUACAGAGAGCGCUGACCCGCAGUUUUCCUGAGUCACUGCAGGUAUGUGGAGCUGUGUACAAUAUGAUCCACAAAAACCCUUUCAGGCUACAAGUACUUGUGGACCGAUGGCCGGACUUCACUUCUGUCGUAUGUCGCCCCCCACUGGAGGAAAUGAUGGAACCUUUGGAUUCUUACAAUGAUGUUUAUUUUAUGUUCAGUAAACACUCACAAAGUCUAUCCCAGAUGCUGCAGGAUCCCCGUAUAAUAAAUUGGAACAAGGCUUUAAAUAUAGAAGUGUGCCAGCCAGCACUAUGGGACAUGCUGCACACAAUUGGUUCCAAGCAUGGAAAACAGAUGCAGACACUCCGUUUCCUCCUAUACAUGAGAGACGGGAUGGACAGUGAGGAACUGGAGCAGAUCAGCAAUGUAAGUACAGGUGAUCUGAUGUAUACGUCACUGUCACUGCAGGAUGCAGCCCUUGUUAAUGAUAAGUGGAAAUACGGCAAGAAUGAGCGCAGUCUGAAAUAUGUCAAACGCUGCAUUGAGAACUGCCCUACUGUCUGUGUCCGGAAAAAAGGAUUGGAGCAGCCGAUCGCCUGGUCAGUGACUAACAGCUCUGCAGAGAUAGGUCUCGGGUAUACAGACCCAGCCUACAGGAAUCUGGGGAUUGCACGUACAAUGAUAUUGAAACUCGGUGCUGCCAAUUACAAAAGAGGAGCACCUAUCUAUGCAGCUGCUAGUGCAGAUAAUAAGUCAAGUCAGGCUAUGAUGAAACAUGCUAAAUACAAACUCAGUGGUGAAAUAUUAGUUAUAACUAGCUUCCAGCAUAAAAGUGUAUCUGACAAUUACUAA